AUGGUUGAAUUCACACGAGAAAAUGAAACUGUGUCUGAACUAAUAUCGCGCUGCACGAAUAUCUCUCACUUCGACUGCACCGAAGACGCGAUGCUGUGGGUGAUGAUGGGACCACGAAGGCUUCCCCUGCAGAAAAUCGUGCCCAUAUCGGUACUGCUCCUGGUCAUAUUCGUAACGGGAGUGGUGGGAAAUCUGACCGUCUGCGUGGUCAUAGUACGACACCCCACGAUGCAUACCGCCACCAAUUAUUAUCUUUUCAGUCUGGCGCUCAGUGACUUGUUGCUGCUAUUAUUUGGUUUGCCCAACGAUCUUUCCGUCUCCUGGCAUCAAUACCCGUACAGUCUUGGCAUUGUGUUCUGUAAGCUUCGUGCCCUCAUAUCUGAAGCAGCCUCCUACGGUUCGGUGCUGACCAUCGUCGCGUUCUCCUUGGAGCGCUACCUAGCUAUCUGCCACCCGCUCCACUUGUACGCGAUGGCUGGACUGCGCCGCGCCCUCAGGGUGGUGGCCGCCCUGUGGCUGCUGUCCUUUGUCGCGGCAGCUCCGUUCGCGUCGUAUACCACAGUCAGCUACCACGAUUACCCUCCAGGUUCCGGAAACUCUUCUCUAGAGUCAGCAUUCUGCGCGAUGCUCGAAGUACCCUCGUGGUACCUCUACGAGCUGAGCAGCCUCCUGUUCUUCAUCCUCCCUGGGCUGAUAAUACUCUGUCUUUACGUCAGGAUGGGACUCCGGAUCAGGUCCACUCAUACCAGUAAGCCGGGCAGCCCAGGCACUUUGAACGGUGUCAACGGCAGUGUCCAUGGAGAAGCAAGACAAGCGCAGUCCAAGAAAACCAUCAUCAGAAUGUUGGCGGCAGUGGUUAUCGCGUUCUUCGUCUGCUGGGCUCCGUUCCAUUUCCAGAGGCUGUUCUACAUCUACGGCACCGGCGCCUCUCAUUACCACAUCAUCAACGAAUACCUGUUUUACGUGGCCGGUGCUUUUUAUUACGUCUCUGCUACCGUCAAUCCGAUCUUAUACAACGUGAUGAGCCAUAGAUACCGAAUAGCCUUUAAAGAGACUCUCUUCUGCAAGAAAGCGACUCGGAUAAGGAGCAAAUACAUCGAACAGUCCAGUACCAGGGAGACAGUGGUGCACAACGGUAGGAGGACCAGAUCGAAAUACCGGAAUGAGAGGAAAAACUGCAGCUAUUACGUCACCGAAACCAGCCUUUGCAGCGAGUGGAAGAAAGACUUCUACCAGCAGAAGAAGAUGCAUGUUUUGUACAAGGAAAGGUCCGGCUCGGAAUUGUGCAGUGAAAAUGAAGCUAGUCAACUCAUGUUUGGAUAUUUGCCUGGAGAGGAGAAUGAUGACACUUAA